GACUAGAAACCAAACCCUUCCCUCACUGCAGCCCCUCCCUUUAGGGACCAGAGAGGCAGGAUUCCGAUCCAGAAAAUGAAGAGCAGAGAACAAAGACUGUGAGCAGGAUCUGGAAGGAAACCCAGGCAGAUCAGCCUUUACUUAGCAGCUGUUCUGAUCUCCUGAAACUCCAGAAGCAGCACUCUGCAUCCCAUCUGGUUCCUGAACAUCCCAGCUUAGAGGAUUCCAUAGAGAGCUACUCCAGUGACCUUGCUCCCAGAGAAGAGCUGACCUCUCAGAAGGGCCACUCACAUCAUCACUCAGGAGCAGUAUUAUCACCUGCUCCCAGUCAUGGGUCAGACCUCCUCUUCUACACCCCCUCAGAAGGAGGAUCCUGUUUUGACCUCCAGCCUUGACUCCAAUCUUCAGAAUUUCAAGAUGGAAACCAAAGUCCUGUCUCAGGAAUUAACCACCUUGAUUGGAUCAUACCUAGAGGAUGGAAACCUUCGGGGAACAGUUUCUGCAAUCAGCGAUGCUCUGAGUGACAUCGAGAAAGCCCCACUGAACAUUGCAGUAAUGGGGGAGACUGGGGCUGGAAAAUCCAGUCUCAUCAAUGCUCUACAGGGAGUGGGGCCUGAUGAAGAGGGUGCAGCUGCUUCCACUGGAGUGACAUGUACAACCACUGAGAGGACAUCAUACCCAUACUCAAAGUUUCCCAGUGUGACACUAUGGGACCUGCCUGGCAUUGGGUCCACUGUCUUCCAACCACAUGAUUAUCUGAAGAAAAUCAAGUUUGAGGAGUAUGACUUCUUCAUUAUUGUGUCUUCUGGACGCUUUAAACAUAAUGAUGCAGAACUAGCCAAAGCCAUUGUGCAAGUGAAUAGGAGUUUCUAUUUUGUACGAACCCACACAGAUCAUGAUCUAAUGGUUCAAAAACAGUGUAGUCCUCGGAGAUUCAAUAGAGAGAAUGUCUUAACACAGAUUCGAAAUUCCGUUACAAGUAUACUUAAGGAAGUUACCCAGCAGGAGCCUCCAGUCUUCUUAGUCUCUAACUUUGAUGUGUCUGACUUUGACUUCCCAACGCUGGAGACCACCCUUCUAAGGGAGCUCCCAGCCCACAAACGCCACCUCUUCAUGCUCACUUUGCCAAUUGUUGCUCAUUCCACCAUAGACCAGAAGAGGGAUGCACUUAAACAGAAGAUCUGGAAGGAAUCAGUAACGCCAAGAGCAUGGGCCACCAUACCAUUUAUGGGCUUGACCAAAAAUGACAUAGAGAAGUUGGAAGAGGCUUUGAACCUCUGCAGAUCUUCCUUUGGCCUGGAUGAGGCAUCCCUGCAGAACAUUGCUGAGGAUUUGCACAUGCCACUAGAGGACCUCAAGGCAAACAUUAAGUCUCCACAUCUGUUCUCAGAAGAGCAGGGUAAAUCCUUAACAGAUAAACUAUUAGAGUACAUUAGCCGUCCUUACUUUUCAAAGGCGUUCCACUUGCAAAAUUACUUCAUUGACACUGUGGCAAAUGAUGUUAAAAGUCUCCUUAGCAAAGAAGAGCUUUUUAUGGAGAAGCCUCUUCUACUGCAAACAGCUACAGGCAAGCUUUCCAGAACCUCUGCUCCAAUGGCUCACCUUUUGGCAUCCAGCUUUGAAAACUUCUUUAAGAAUUUCAAGAAGGAAAGCAAAAUCCUCUCUGAGGAAACCAUCACCUUGAUUGAAUCCCACCUGGAGAAUAGGAACCUUACAGGAGCAGCUUCUGUGAUCAGCGAUGCUCUGAGAAACAUCGACAGAGCCCCACUGAACAUUGCGGUUACGGGAGAAACAGGGGUGGGCAAAUCCAGCUUUAUCAACGCCCUGAGGGGAGUGUGGGAUGAAGAAGAAGGUGCAGCCCCCACUGGGGUGGUAGAGACAACCAUGAAGAGAACGCCAUACCCACACCCAAAGCUUCCCACAGUGACAAUCUGGGACCUGCCUGGCAUUGGGUCCACCACCUUCCCACCACAGAACUACCUAACUGAAAUGAAGUUUGGUGAGUAUGACUUCUUCGUUAUCAUCUCGGCUACACGCUUCAAAGACACUGAUGCACAUCUGGCCAAGGCCAUCGCCAAGAUGAAUACCAAGUUCUACUUUGUCCGCACCAAGUUAGAUCAUGAUUUGAGUAAUGAACAGAGGAGAAAACCUAAGACUUUCAAUAGGGACAGUGUCUUAAAGAAAAUCCGAGAUGACUGUUCAAAGCAUCUCCAGGAGACCCUCUCCAGUGAGCCUCCAGUCUUCUUGGUCUCUAACUUUGAUGUGUCCGACUUUGAUUUCCCAGAGCUAGAGACCACCUUACUGAGCGAGCUCCCAGCCCACAAGCGACACAUCUUCAUGAUGUCCCUGCACAGUGUUACAGAGACUGCCAUUGACCGGAAGAGGGAUUUCCUGAAACAGAAGAUCUGGCUGGAGGCCUUGAAGGCGGGAGCAUGGGCCACCAUUCCACUUGGGGGCUUGAUCAGAGAUAAAACACAGAAGGUAGAGGAGACCUUGGAUCUCUACAGGUCUUACUUUGGGCUGGAUGAUGCCUCACUGGAGAAUAUUGCCAAGGAUUUUAAUGUGUCUGUGAAUGAAAUCAGGGCACACCUUAAGUCUCUCCAUUUGCUAACAAGGACCAAAGACAUGUCCUUGGAAGAAAAAUUAUUGAAAUAUAUUGAAUAUAUUUCCUCCGUUACUGGGGGGCCACUGGCCACAGGCCUUUACUUUAGAAAGACUUACUAUUUGAAAAGUCUCUUCAUUGAUACCGUGUCAAGUGAUGCUAAGACUCUUCUCAAUAAGGAGGAGUUUUUGUCACAGAAGCUGGGGUCAUGCGUGUCUGAUGACCCAGAGUACUGGGAUGCAGCUAUGGAGCUAUGAGGCAUGUACCUUCCGGCUGGCUUUGGGCACUGACUUACAGCCUACUUUGAAGUAGCAAUCAUUUUCAGCGAAAGACCAGAGGAUUCACCAUCCCUUUCCUCUUUAAGAGACAGACUGUCACUGUGGCAAGUGGAAGACUUAUCAACCAUGUAAAAACACAUGAGAAAGGCUGUCUCCCAUUAAAAUAUCAUGUAUUAUAAUACAUAGUUUUAUACAUAUGACUUACAAUAUUUUUGUCCAAUUAAACUUGGAUCUUUUGUCUCACAGAGAUUCUCCAGGCAUUGACACACUUUCCUAAGAUGAAGAACUUAGUUUCCUGCCUUGGUGGAUAUCUUUUGAUGUUCAUGAAGUACAGGAGGCUGGUUCCCAGCACACAUCUCCACAUGAAGUGGUAUCUCCUGGACAUGAUAGACACAUGGUAGAUAAGAUUGUGACCAUUGUUCCUUCUCCCUCCAGGAUGGACUCAAGAGACACAUGGUAGAUGGGACUGUGACCACUGCCCAUGAUCCCUCCAGGUAACGCAUGGUUGGGUGAACACAUCUGCAGGUCCUCUCAAUCCUUGAAAACAAGGAUAUUUUAUUCCAUAUCCUUCAUCAGUCAACCUGAAUGAGUUCAAACUUCAGCUUGUAGGCCGCACAAGCGCUGAUUAAAUUGUCUUUCCUUGUGGUAAGAUCACUCCAAAACACUACCUACUGUUUCAUGUCCAGUGGGGGUGUUAGUACUUUCCUUUGCUUGAGAGGAUCAGCAUGAGGAGCUGUAGACAGCUUAUUUGUCCACAGCAUCCUACUGAGAACUGGUAUCACUUUUGGACAUCUAAUAUCACUCUUUGCUAAAAUUCCAGUGUUGCUUUCUGUAUGUAUAGCAGCCCUUCUAGAAGGUGAGUAAAGAGUCGUGCAUGGGAUCCCAUGUGCAGAAAGCAAGCAUGGACAUUUUAGCUCUGCCUUGGUGUUCUUCAGAGAACAGGAAGCAAUAUAUCAUAUCCAUAUCUCCUUAUAAUUAUGUUUGGAUCUCUAUAGCAUUUGUAUUAAUUCCUUUUAUGUCACAGUCCUAAACACCUGGCAGAAACUACUUAAGAGAAGAAAGUUUUAAUCUUCCUCACAGUUUUGGAGCCCUGCACUCUGUCAUAUGGAAGGGACCUGGUGAGAGGAAGAACUCGCUGUAGGAGAAGGCUGGGAGCGAGGUGGCAGAAAGAGCUAGGUGACAACAAGGGGCAGGAGAAACAAGUCCUGGCCCUCGUGACCUAACCCCUACCUCCUGAAGGCUCAGCCACAUUCACAACUGUUUGCCGGCCGUGCUGGGGACCAGGUGUUUAACACAAGAGCAUGUGGUGGUCUUCAAACCACAGUACUAUCAUAUCCAUAACUUAUCAUGUCUCUCUCUUCAAUUUCCUCUCCUCCUUUCUCUUCCUCUUUCCCUCAUCUCCCUCUCUCUUCUCUUCUUUAUCCUUCUCCUCUUCUUCUCCCUGGUUUCUCUCUCUCCUUCUCUCCCUGCCUCUGUCUCUCACUGGCUCACUCUGCUGUGUGCCUUGGCAAGCACAUAAUCAACAGGGCAGCCUUGCAGCCUGGAAUCCUUGGAAAAGUUGAUAGUACAGCUUCUGUCCAAACAGUAAUAAUUGUUUCCUUUCCUUCUUGGGAGUGUCAAGGUUUGCUUUGGUUUAUUUUUGUUUACCUCUAAGGUCUUCAAUUGGUUAGACAGGGGUAUUUACAGUAGAGGAGGGUCAUCUGAAGUAGUCAAAGCCUCAUGCUUUAAAAUAUAAUCUCAUCUAAAAAUUACUUUAACCAAAACAUCUAUACUGGUGUGUUGCUUGCUCUGCAGCUGGGGUCCCACUGUCUCUGAUCCUGGGGGGAGGGGGUGAAUAGACACAGAACCAAACGACACAGGCUCUUGGAGAUUGUAAGCAAUCUCGUUUAUUAAACAAAGGACUGAGGUAUUUAUGUGUAUACUUUUUGGUGGGCUCUGCUUCCAGCUGCUGUGGUGUUUCCUGGUUGGCUCUGGGUCAUAUGUCAACAGUGGUCAUCUUGAGGGUCCAGUUUCAGGUUCCUCUGGGUCCGGAUACUACUGCACAUGUCAGAUCUCUCUGUUAGCUUAAGGCACAGCCCAGUGCUCUAGGCCUUAUCUGCCUCACUGGUGUUUGGUAAAUACUUGGGUACUGUCUUUGUUAGGGUUUCUAUUGCUGCAAAGAGACACCUUGAGACCGGCAACUCUAAUAAAGGAAAAAAAUUAAUUGGGACUAGGUUACAGUUCAGAGGUUUCAUCCAUUAUCAUCCUGAUGGGUGGCAUGCAAGCAGACCUGGUGCUGGAAAAGGAGCUGAGAGUUCUGCACCUUGAUCCACAGUCAGUAGAAGGAGUCUGUGUUCCACACUGGGCAUAACUUGAGAGUAGGAGACACGAAAGCCUGCCCACCCUACAGUGACACACUUUCUCUAACAAAGCCUCACUUCCUCAUAGUGCUACUCCCUAAGGAGGCCAUUUUAUUUCAAACCGCCACAGGUACCAUCACCUAGACAAGAUAAUAUGUAAACUUAAUUUCCUCAAGCCCCGUAAUUAUCCUAACCCACUGUAUACCAGCAUAUAUAUGCAAAUAUAUAUAUAUAGUUAAAAAGUUAUAGUUACAAUGUACUUACUUGUAGAUACAGUGUGACAAUGUGACUCAAAUAAACAACACAUAAUUAUCAAAUCUUGAGAGAUGGCUCAGCAGUUAAGAGCACUGACUGCUCUUCCAGAGGACCUGGAUUCAAUGGCCAGCAUUCACAUUACAACUCAUAACUGUCUGUAACUCCAGCUCCAGGGCAUCUGACACCCUCAGAGAGACAUGCAUGCAAGCAAAACACCAAUGAACAUGAAAUAAAACUAAAUAAAUCAUUUUUUAAAGUCUGAGAAGUCAGGCUUCCAUAUUCUUACUCAUAUUAAAAUUAUUGUUACUAACAGAUAAUAAUUGCCACUAUUAAUAAGUCCAUGUAUAUAGUAGAUGCUGACCAAUUGAGGAUACAUUUAUCAUUUUACUGUCCUUGCCCAGUCUCUGGGGCAUCUGAGCAUCUCUGUUGUGCUCAUUCAUAAAGAGCAUCACAGGUUAUUUUAAAGAAUAAUCUCUGUGCUGCAGCACAUCACAACCUACUCCUUCCAUUUAACCCUUUUGGGACCUGUUCUCCAAACUCUCUCUGUUCCUCUCUUCACCUUUCUAGCUUCUAGGAAUCACUAUUCUACAGUCACAUCAACCACUGGAGUGUACCACAGCAAGUGUGUAGUAUUCCUAAGUAAUUUCUACUCUUCCUGAUUCAUUGUCCUCUGUGACACCAUCUACUGAGCAGUCUGCUCUUGGUGACCACUUACCUGCCUCUGUGUCAUGGAGAACACCCAGGACCCAGUCUCAAGGAGGCUUUAAUCUAUUUCUGUGUGGUUCAACACUAACAGUCACAGUGGGAAGCCAUUACUGUAGUGUAUGUAGCAAGGGAAGCUGUCAGUAGAGAAGUCCAUUAUGAACAGGAGGCUUCUUGUCAUGUAUAUGGGAAGUGUUUCUAUACAUCACAGGUUUGUGUGUGAUGGUUUAUAUGGACUGUCAACAUGACAGGAUCUAGAGUCACAUUGGAGACAAAUCUCUGGGAAUGUCUGUAAGGGAUUAUCUGAUUAAGUUAAUCAAGAUGGGAAGACCCGCCAUAAAUGUGGGCAGCACCAUUCCCUAGGCUGGAGCCUUGUACGGCAUAAAAUGGAGAAAGCCAACUGAACACCAGCCUUCAUCUCUCUCUGCUCCCUGACUGCAGGUGCCAUGUGAUCAGCUGUGUUUCCCAUCACAACGGACUGUAGCCUUGAACUGUGAACCCAAAUAAACUCCUUCCCUCUUAAAUUGUUUUUGCCAGGGUAUUUUAUCACAGUAACAGGAAAACUAAUACAAGUAACUGUGCGGCUAGGCAGUUGUGGCACACACCUUUAAUCACAGCACUCAGGAGACAGAAACAGGAGAUCUCUGUGAGUUUAAGGCUAGCCUGGUCUACAGAGCAAGUUCCAAGAUAUCCAAGGCUACACAGAGAAAUCCUGUCUUAGGAUUUCUAGUGCUGUGAAGAGACACCAUGACCAUGACAAUUCUUAUAAAAGAAACAUUUAAUUGGGGAAGUUCUAUCACAGUUUCAGAAGUUCAGCCCAUUAUCAUCAUGGGUUUUUUCUCCUCAAAAUUUACAUUUUGUAAUUUACUCUGCUCAGAUUGUUCCUUUUCAUUAUAAAUCUUCAUUAGAGUUAACACUAAUAACUACAAUGAAAGAGUCUAUACUAGGCUAUUUUGAGAAUUUUUCUGCCAAUGGAAUUAAUCCAAAAGUCUUAACUUCAACCUCAGGCAGACUCUUUGGACAAGGGCAAAAGGCAGCCACUUUCUUCACCAAAAUAUCACAAGAAUGAUCUACUAAGGCAACAUACUAAAAUUCUUCUCCUCUGUAACCUCAUGAGCAAACUCCCACAGUUCUUCAAAUCACAUUCAACACCACUGUCUUCCAUGCUCAUACUAGUAUGGCCCAUUAAGCAGUAUUUAAAGCAUUCAACUGCUUUUCUAAUCCACAGUCCCAAGGUACUUGUUCCUUCAAAAAAAAAAAAAAAAAAGCAUGGUCUGGCCCAUCACAGCAAUACCUCUCUCCUGGUACCAACUUCUGUUUGAGUUAGGCCUUCUAUUGCUCUGAAGAGACACCAUGACCAUAGCAACUCUUAUAAAGGAAACAUUAAAUGGGGUAGCUCAAGGUUUCAGAAGUUCAGUCCAUUAUCAUCCAGGGAUCAUGGCAGCAUGCAGGCAGACAUGGUACUGGAGAACUAACUGGGAGUCCUACAUUGCAGGAAACAGGAAAUGUUCUGAAAGUAGGAGUGAGGGAAAAUUGAAAAAAGAGACCUCGAAGACCACCCCCACAGAGACACACUUCUUCUAAUGGGGCCACACCUACUCCAACAAGUCACACCUCCUAAUAGUGCCACUCCCUAUGAGCUUAUGGAGUCCAAUUACUUCAAACUACCACAAACCUUAUCUCAAAAACAAACACAAAACAAACAAACAAAAACAAAACAAGUAAUUGCCCAUUGAUUAUCAACAAUGAGCUUCUACCAAUUCAACUUGUGGUGUAUUGCAAACGUCCAGUCUAUUUAUACUAUGUGUGGUAUUGAUAUGUGGUAUGUGUGGUAAGUGUGGAGUGAAUGAGCAUGAAUCCUGCCUGCAGUUUGUUGAAACAUCAAAAUGCUGUACUAAGUGAUAAAUGCUUAAAACUGUACAAGGAAAUCACUGUUUGAACACAAGAGAACAAAAGCUGUAGGAAGACAGUCCUCAUGGACAUUCCAGACCCAGAUAAAUACCCAGAGGAAUACCUGAACUGCACAUUUUGCAGCUGUGUGCCUUCACUUCUAUGUCUACAGUGAAUGAACGACUAGACAGGACAAUCUCACUGUCGAAGCAGGACAUCAGAAACUUCAGUCCCAAGUGCACACCCAGCAGGGAGGGAUGCCAAAGUCCGUCUGCACAUUCAACCUCACCCUAAGCAGCAAAACAAUCAUUGAUUUUUUUUUUCUCAUUAGUCCAAUGAAGUACGGAAAACAAACAAGAAGGAAGCUAUGGGAAAUCUAAGGCCAGUUCUAGUGUCUGCAGAUGGCAUGGAGUGUAUGUGUCCACGCAUGGAGAUGUGGGAGCUUGAGAGACUAUGCCCUGGAGUCCAUUGAGCCUCCUCCAUUGAGUUAUGGAUUCUGUGAGAGGGAAAAUCCAUUUUCUUUAAAGACGGGCAUGAAUCCUGGUAGAAAAAAAGAGUGACCCCACCCUCAUGGACAGCACAAAUUGGACUCUGGAUUGUAAUUUAUAAAAGAGACAAAGAUGACAUGAAUUUGGAAGGAAAUAUGGGAUGUAGGAGUGGGCCUAGGCAGAGUCAGGGGAAGACUGGGAGUGA